UACUCUUUAAACAUUAGCACCUCUGUUUGGUUACGGGUGUACGCGGCGCUGCAUCAGCUGGGCCAGUGACAGUGAACCGGGGAAUAUGUUGGAUAUUGUUUUAUUUCGCGUGGAUCAAGGGGGCAACCCUGAUAUUGUCAGAGAAUCACAGAAAAGACGAUACAAGGAUGUAUCGACCGUGGACAAAGUAAUUGAACUAGACACAAAAUGGAGAGCAGCACGUCACAGAGGCGACCUCCUCAACAGAAUGGGGAAUGUCAUCUCCAAGACUGUUGGGGAAAAGAAGAAGGCAUCGAGGGGAAAGGGCGAACAAGAGGUUGAACCAUUGUGUGUGGCACCGGACCUGGAUGCUCUGGAGAGCCAGCUGACUCAAUAUAGCUACGUUCAUGGUCAUAUGCCAUGCCAAAUUGAUCCUCUGUUGGCAGGGCGGCUCUCAGUAUCCCCAACCCCCGAAAUACACCCGUCUGUGUAUAGAUGGUUCAGCCACAUGGCCUCUUACACAGCUGGAGAAAUUAAGGCCCUGCCAGAGCCUCAACAACUUCCCUUCAGGGCUCCACUGGCAAAGGAAGCAGAGGGCACUGACACAAAAAUUCCUGAUGAAAUAAAAGAAAAGUUAACAGAACUUACAAUGGACCUACUCCGGCCACUCACAGUCUCACAGCUGAAGGAGGUGAAAAAGCUUGUAGACGAGGCUAUGAACCAGAACAAUGAAGACUUAGUAAAGACGGAGAGUGAGAGGGAUGCUGUCUUGAAGGAGAUUGGAAAUAUUGUAUAUGAGGAUGUUCCUGUCAGCCAAGAUGAGGACAAUAAUGCAGUUGUGAGGACAUUUGGAGAAGAAAGUAAAAAAAAAUAUUCUCACGUAGAUCUGAUUUCCAUGAUUGGAGGAUCAGACUCGAAGCGUGGAUCUGUCACAUCAGGGGGUCGUGGAUACUACUUGAUGGGUCCAGCAGUGUACUUGGAACGUGCUAUUGUUGAGUUAGCCCUAAGUGUCUUGAACAAGAAGGGCUACAAUCCCAUCGUUACUCCAUUCUUCAUGCGUAAGGAGGUUAUGCAGGAAGUGGCGCAGCUCUCUCAGUUUGAUGAAGAACUCUACAAAGUACUGGGUAAAGGUGAUGUACCAGGCUCAGACCAAGUAGAUGAGAAGUAUCUGAUUGCAACAUCAGAGCAGCCCAUUGCUGCCUUCCACCGUGAUGAGUGGAUACCAACUGACCAGCUGCCCAUAAGAUACGCUGGAUUGUCGUAUUGCUUCCGCCAAGAAGUUGGAUCACAUGGACGUGACACCAGAGGUAUCUUCCGUGUACACCAGUUCCAGAAGGUGGAGCAGUUUUGCCUGACGUCCCCUCAUGAUGGUGCCUCUUGGACUAUGAUGGAUGAAAUGAUCACAAAUGCAGAGGAAUUGUGUAAAAUGUUGGGUUUACCGUAUCGUCUGGUCAAUAUAGUGUCAGGAGAACUCAACAAUGCUGCAGCUAAGAAACUUGAUCUUGAAGCUUACUUCCCUGGUUCAGGAGCGUACCGGGAACUGGUCUCAUGUUCGAACUGUCUUGACUAUCAGUCCAGGAGGCUCAAAGUUCGCUAUGGAGCAACUAAGAAGAUGAACACAGCUGUUGAGUAUGUGCAUAUGCUUAAUGCUACCAUGUGUGCCACUACCCGAGUAAUUUGUGCAUUGUUGGAGAACUACCAGACAGAGGACGGCAUCACUGUGCCAGAAGCUAUCAGGCAAUACAUGCCCAAUGAUUACAAGGAGUUCAUCCCCUUCAAAUUUCCAGCACCAAUUGAUGAAGAGGCAAAUAAGAAAAAGAAAAAGGGGAAAAAUAAGCAAGAAGAGUAAGAUCUUAGUGGGGGAAAAGUACAUUUGGAAACUGCUUGAGUAGAUAUUAAAUCGGUCAUUGGUUUUUCGUUUAGGGUUCAGUAUAUUAAUAUUUUCAUUACACAUAACUUUUCCAUUCCAUUUCCAUCACUUGCAAUUUUAGAAUCUUCCUUGGGUCAUUAGUUACAGUUUUGUAGUAAUUUCGGAUUUAGAUUUUUUAAUUAGCAACAACACUCAAAAUACCUUAACCAAUAAAUAGGUACUCUGUUUUUCAUCCAGAUUUACUUCAUACCUAAAAGAAUGUUAUAUAUGGUAAAGGUGACAUCUUCUGCAUUUACCUCAUCAACUUGUUAUUUCCAUUUAUUGCUUGGUGAAACAUAUCUUAAUGUUUAAAAUAUUUUUAUUAAUCCCAGUUUGGGCAUUGAUUGGAGUGGUUCAUCAUGUACUAUCUUGAACAAAAGUUCACCCUUUCCGUGGUCCUCCUAAACCCUAAAUGAGAUAGAACAGUACACUCGCUCCAGAUGACAGUCAGGGUUAGUUCAAAGACUCGGUCUCACCAUGGGGUGAACUUUGUUCACUGUUGUGCUAUAGAAAUUUUUAGCCUUUAUAGUCCGAGACGUUAAAAAGUUUACACUUUAUCAUGGCUUCAGCAUCUUGCAAGUUCAGUGCAUAAGGUUAACCUUCAGACUUUUUCCUGUUAUUCAAUCAUAAUGAAUUAUGGCAGAAGAACUUGAGAUAAAAAAGUACAAUAUAAACUUUUGACUGAGUGAGGAAUCCUAAAUGUCUGACGUAUGUAAAGAAAGGACAAGUUAUGGUUUGAGAAUUAGAAAUAUACUCUGUAUCUCAUAAUGGGUAAUGCUUCGAAGGAAAAAAUGCAGCAUCUUACGUUAUUUUCGGGAUGUCGCAUGAAACGUUCAAACACCUUUACUACCUCCAGUGCAUAGUACAUGACAUUGAGAUUAAUGACCAAGUAAUGUCUGUGAGAAUAUGACGUACCAGUUACUUAAAAGUAUUAUAUUACAUUUACAGAAAUGAGAUACAAAAUAGAACAAGUAAUGAUAAGUUAUAGUAUUUACCAUAUGAGACUUUUGGGUGUUAAAGCGGAUCAAGACCUCAUAAGUAAAUUAGAAAAUUUUUAUCAAGUGCUAUACUGUACAGUAUAUACUUAAUAUAUACAUAAUUGAACAUCCUUCUUUGUAUGAAAAAUUACUCUCUAGUUACUGAAACAUUAAAUUUACUUAUGUAAGUACACAUUUCUUUAAUUCAAAGUACUGUAUGGGUACCCAUGAAACAAAUGAACUUUUUUCCAUACUGUACCUACAACUUCACAGAAGUACCUAUUUGUUUCAUAGCUGCUCAUUAUGCCUUUCCUAUUUCUCAUACUCUCACAAUCCUUUUUUCUCUAAUUUGCUUCUGGUUUCUAUCUCACUGUAGCUACUUAUGAUCCACAAUUUGAAUAUAAUAAUUCUUAUCAGCAUAUUGUUGAUUUUAGUAUUUGGUACAUAGGCAAGUUUGGUACAACUAUGACCCCUGUAAUGUUUAUACCAUUUAAAAAUAAAAAAAAUGCUGUAAUGGUAA